AUGUUAAAACUCACCUCCACCGGACGAGUAACCAAUCUAAACGGCACCUUGCGGGGCCACAAGGACGCAGUUUCCGGACUGCAAGUAUUUUACGUGCCCUCCUCUUUGGCGGCGCGCUCGGGAGAACGCGAAAUACAGCUCAUGAGUCCUACCCUCAUGAGCAGCGACGAGUCAGGCUGGAUAUACUGGUGGGACCUCACGUCACGAAGACCGCUUGGUGUUUGGAAAGCCCACGAUGGAAACGUUCUCACUAUCAAGCAACUGGGGCUGUCCUGGGAUCAAGGCUCACCGGUGUUUGAUUACAGCUGGUUUGGAAAAUUACUUUCACACGGCAAGGACGGAGAGCUGAAACUAUGGGAUAUUUUUGAUUUUUCCAUAGAUGCGCCGCAUAUAUUCAAACCGUCGAGUGUAUUGAGCCGGCGAAUAUACACAGAAGGUGAAAGCGCUGCUCAAUGGCCCACUCCUCCGGUGGCAUUUCAAAUGCCUAUAAAUGUGAUGAAUUUUUCAAACGUGGAUAUCCGGAACGGCAUUCUACUGGCCCCGGGGACUCAGGACUCCGCUAAAUUGGACAUUUACCGCAUAGAUAUUGAGAGCAACGAUCUGAAAAGACUCUUUAAAGCCAUUGAUCCCCUAGAACUCGCCGAGAAUAAUCUUAUAGACCUCAAUCUUCACGUUUCUCCUGAGAAUUCAAGCAGGGGGUUGGGCAUUGUCAUGAAACUAGUCUGGCUGGACAAUGAAAAAUUCGCAGUCGGUUUUGAAAGCGGCCAUGUCAUCACUUUUGCACUAAAGGACGAUAAAGUCGGCAUCCUCGACUUCGACUCGCAACACUAUCCCAAUCCGAUACUGGCUCUUUAUUAUGACCACAACAACCACAAACUCAUAAGCACAUCAUCAGCCGACAAAAUUGUGAUUCAUUAUCAAGACCAACACAAAGCCUUCAAGCUCAAACACAAGGGUGUUGCGGACGUAAAGACCAUGGGGAAUUUGGUCGGAAUGGUGACAUGGGAUGGCUAUUCGAGAUUUUACAGUUAUGACGACGAAUCUGUCCUGCAAUUCCAGUUCAAGCUCCAUAAAAUGGUACCGUCGAUAGCUGCCACUAACAGCACCGUCGAUAUUGCCGAGAAUGUGGGGGAUUUGCAGCAACGAGCCUCUGUGCUUGCUUUUAGUCAUAGUCAGGCUUUCUCCCGCUCAGCUUUGGUUCAUACGAACGGGAUGGGAAAGAAUAUUGUUCGCAGGAGGGACGAGAUGAAUCUGGUGAACAGCUAUCUGUUUAUUGGCUACAAGGAUGGGAGAAUAGCUAUAUAUACCGUUAAUGAAUAG